AUGGCAGGUACCACCACUGCCACAGACAGCACCACGGCUACAGACAACACCUCCCCUGCUACCACCUCUGGCACCACGACCACCGCGGACACCACCACCCCGGCUACCACUGCAGGCUCCACGGCCACUGCAGACACCACCACCCCUGCUACGACGGCAGGCACGACCACCGCUGCAGACACCACCUCCCCUGCUACCACUGCAGGCACCACCACCGCCGCAGACGCCACCACCCCUGCGACGACAGCAGGAAACACCACCGCUACAGACAACACCUCCCCUGCUACCACUGCAGGCACCACCGCCACCGCAGACACCACCACCACUGCUACCACUCCAGACACCACCUCCCCUACAGACACCACCUCCCCUGCUACCACUCCUGGCACCACCACCGCCGCAGACACCAUCUCCCCUGCUACCACUCCAGGCACCACCACCUCUGCAGACACCAACACCCCGGAUACGACUGCCAGCACCACAAUCACUGCAGACACCACCACCCCUGCUACCACUGCAGGCACCACGACCACUGCAGACACCACCACCCCUGCUACCACUGCAGGCACCACGACCACCGCAGACACCACCACCCCGGCUACGACUCCAGGCACCACCACCGCCACAGUCACCACCACCUCGGCUACGACUCUAGGCACCACCACCGCCACAGUCACCACCACCCUUGUUACCACUACAGGCACCACCACCGCUGCAGACACCACCUCCCCUGCUACCACUGUAGGCACCACCACUCUUGUUACCACCACAGACACCACCACCCCUGCUCCCACUCCAGGCACCACCACCGCCACAGUUAUCACCACCCUGGCUACAACUCCAGGCACCACCACCGUGGCCACCACCACCAACCCACCCUCUGCUCCUGGCACCCCCACAGGACAGCCUGCCACAGGACCCACAAGUACCACCAGCCGUACAUCCUCCAUUACCUCAACUGUGCUUACUAGCUCAACCACUGUUACAACGAGAAGCACCCAGACCUCAACAUCAUCUUCUGCCACCACCACCCGUACCUGCUAUAAUGGCGGCACCUGGGACGGGAUCAAGUGUGUGUGCACCAGCCUCUACGAGGGGCCGAAGUGCAAGGAGAUGGUCUCGAGCAUUGAGAUGGACUCUCCGCCGCAGACUGUCUCUGCCCAGAUGGAAAUGACCGUGACAGUGACCAGCAUGGAGUACACCAAAGAUCUAGAAGAUCGGGAUUCCGAAAAAUUCCUGAACUUCAGUGCGAUAUUCACAGAGGAGAUGGACAGAGUUUAUUCCGGAAUCCCUGAGUAUCAAGGGGUCAACAUCACAAAGCUGUCUGCCGGCAGUAUUGUGGUGGAACAUGAAGUCCUCCUGAAGACCAACUUCACCCCAGAAUACAAGGAAGUUUUCUCGAAGGUCACCCAGCAAGUGACGGAAAAAAUCCAGAAAGUAACCACGGAGCAAAUCAGCAAAAAUAAUACCUGCUUAAGUACACUGUGUUACAACAAUACUGCCACCAAGGUGCAAAAUGUUACAGUUGAUUACGACCCUGAAAAGGAAUGCCAGGAGAGGGUUGGGAAAGACUACGCCGCCUACUUCUUCCUGGCGUACAAGGAGGAGAAGCUGUACUGCAUCACCCGCUGCAUGCCCGGCUUCAACAGCUCCCUGGACUGCAACUUCGGGAAGUGCCAGCUGGAGCGCAGCGGCCCUCGGUGCUACUGCUUGACCACGGACACCCACUGGUACAGUGGGGAAACCUGUGAGUUCAGCACCCAGAAGAGCCUGGUGUACGGGCUCGUGGGGGCAGCCGGCGCCGUCCUGCUCCUCGUCCUCGGUGUUCUCUCCAUGUUCAUGCUCCGUUCCAAGAGGGAGCUGAAAAGGCAAAAGUCUAGAGUGUCUCAGUUGUACAUGUGGCAUGAAGAAGACGGACAGCCCACACCUGGAACCUUCCGAAACAUUGGCUUUGACAUCAAUGAAGAUCGAGACAACUCCGUGCACUUGGACUCCAUCUAUAGUAACUUCCAGCCCUCCCUGGACCACAUAGACUCCGAAACCCAGAUCAGAAUUCAGAGGCCCCAGGUGAUGAUGACGUCAAUUUAAAGCAGCUCCCACAUGGAGCUGUGGGGUGUGAGAGUGAGGAGAGCUCACUUUGGCCAAGCCUGGUGGAACUUUUCCCUAUUGAGAGCAUUCAUGGAACUGGAUGAAAAACAAAAGCCAUACCAAGGAGGAAGAGGGGAGAGUACAGUCCUGGGAAACUCGCAAACCGGAAACCAUGGAAACUCCGAUGGGCUUGUUAUGAUCUCAGGCGAGGCACCCCUCCACAUCCGGGGAAGGUCUUCCUCCUGCCCGCCCCGCUUCAGCACCAAGGACAGCGUCCGACCCACCCGUUACGUCAGCGACAGCUCAAACACAGGACUCAACUUUACAUUAUACAGAAUCUCUUGUAGGAUUUAUUGUACUUCAUUUUCAUGGAAAAUGCUUUAAACCAUUCAUUUUCUUUGAAUAUAUAGGAUCAUAAGUAUUUUUAAAGUUCUAAUAUUUAUCUGCCCGUUCUGAUUUUUUAUUAGUCAAUAUAAUAAUAUAUAUUUCUAAUAACUAAAAACAACGAAAGCAAAUUCAUUAAAUUUUGCAUGGC